AUGACAAACACAACAUUGUUAAAGCUGUUGAAAUAUUAUCACAUGUUGGACACAAUUGGCCAACAAAAAUGUAACGCAUACGAUUCAACAUACUAUUUAAAAUCGCAACAUCAACAAGAACAACAGCCAUACACACCAAUGGCAGCCAAUGAAUUGGAAUUGCAAGUAAUUAUGAAUGUUAUGAUGGUAUCGUUAGACACAUCUACGAGCACAACCAUAGCCGAAACGACUACAACAACAUCGUCAGCAGUCACCAGCACCACCAUUGAUGCCAUCGAUGAGGCGACCAUCUUUUGGGCCACAUGCAACGCAUUGAUAAUGGUUUGCAUUCUAGCUGGCAACGCCCUCACCAUAUUGGCCAUAACCACUUGUCGUCGUUUGCGCAGCUUAAUCUCAAAUAUGUUCAUACUAUCGCUAGCGAUAUCAGAUUUUGCUGUCGGCAUAUUGCUACCAUACCACAUCGCCUUCUAUUUAGGCUCAAGUCUAGGCCAAUCGCGCGAUUUUUGUGUACUGCGAUUUGUUCUUAUCAUCUUCACCUGUUGCGUCUCAAUAUUGACGCUCAUUGCAAUUGCUGUGGACCGGUACAUAGCUAUCGUAUAUGCAUUGCACUAUCGACGCUUCAUGACGCGUCGCGCUUCUAUCAUUAUUAUCUCCUUUAAUUGGAUAGCAGGCGCGACAGUUGCUAUCAUACCGAUUUUCUACAAUCGCUUCGACACAGCCAUUGAGUGCGAAUUCUAUCAGGUAUUGCCCACAUGGUAUAUGGCGGGUAUUAUAACCCCCGCCUUUGUGCUGAUCUGGUCCUUAAUGCUUUUGAUUUAUUGGCGUAUAAUGCGUGAAGCCGCAAAGCAAUCGGAGCCAUCGCGUUGCAAUCAUGAAAUGCAGAGCCGUAGCAGCAACAAGCAGGGACGCCGUAUGCCAGACUGGAAAUCGAUGCAGAUGGUUCUCCUUAUAAUAGGUUGUUUUUCCAUUUGUUGGCUAACUUAUUUCAUUGUUGUUUGCCUGGAAAUACUACAGGAAUACAGCAUAUCGAUGGACCUAUAUAAGAUGGCCUUCUCUUUGGCCAUGUUCAAUUCGGCUAUGAAUCCGAUUAUUUACUGCUGGAAGAAUACAAAUUUUCGACGUGCUUAUUGGCGUUUGUUACGUUGCAAAAAUCCGAAUCAUCACAAGCCGAACAAAAUGGAUUUGAUAGUAUAUAGUGGCAAUUCAGUACAGAGUUUGCCGCGACGCCCCAGUAACAUUACAAUAUCUGUUCUACCAUUGCCAGUGGCAGCACCGAUCAAGGGAAAUGAACAUCUGAUGGACGACAAGCAAAUUGGUACGAAGAAAGGGGUGCUAAAUAAAGAGCAGAAAUGACUGAGGCGAAGAGCCACAAUAUA